GACUUGAUAAUGGAGGGAAUCUAAUAACCUCAUGUAAUUGUAUAUUGAUACCAAAAAAAAAAGCAAAGUGACUCAAUUGCAGCAGCUAAGAAGUGGGCAGUUGCUGAGAGCCCAGUGGGGGCGCUCGCCCACGGGCUUCCAGUCUGAAGCUCUGCACUGGCCGGCUCAGCAGUCCAUCUCCAGGCCUCGGGGGCGCACUCCACUGGCUUCCAGGGAACCUUUGUGUUCAUAAGGUGCCUCUCGAUCCCCUGCACAAGGGCCUCCUGGGGGAGUAAGGCAGGAAGCCGCUCUGUUGCCCUUACAGCCUUCCCUGUCAGCUGCAGUGUUUGCAGUGGGACCAGUUGCCAAAAAGCCACUUUAAACAGGCAUAACAUGCACAUGCGGUUUAUUGGCACUUAUCUUUGCUUUUAACUAUGCCUCAGGUAGACAGCGUUGAGUGACGUAAACUGGAACAUGGUAAGCUCACUGGUCGUCUUUUGCAGUCCAAACCAGGUUGCAGAAAAGGUGGCCUCAAGAAUCGCCGAGGGAUUCGGCGAUGCGGCCCUUGUCAUGGUAGACAACACUAAGUUUACAAUGGACUGCGUGGUACCUACAAUCCAUGUGUACGAACACCAUGAAAACAAAUGGCGGUGCAGAGACCCACACCAUGACCACUGUGAAGACUGGCCAGAGGCCCAGAGGAUCUCGGCGUCGCUCCUGGAUGGCCGGUCCUACGAGACGCUGGUGGAUUUUGAUGACCACCUGGAUGACAUUCGGAAUGACUGGACAAACCCGGAGAUCAAUAAAGCUGUUCUGCACCUGUGUUAGGGAGGGAGUUCACUGACUUGUCUCUGGGCAUUUCCACUACACUGAAUAAGAAAAGCUAUUUUUUAAUGUAAAUAAAAUCUUUCAGCCUUUGUGGAAAGCUGGCAGUUUUCAGAAGUGGUGUGUGCCUUGAAAGAGGGCAGAAUGGCAUGCCCGUCUGUCAUCUUUUUAAUGCAGAGCCUCUAGAAGAGGCACAGGCUGUCCCACCUGACUGUCCCUGUGGGGUCCUUCCCAGGUGUAUGUUGCUAUAAUUCUCCAAAUCAAAGCUAUUUCUGCUUGUCCAAGAUUGUUCCUAUUAAACAGUUUUAACUAAC